UCGCUGAAUCGAUAAAAACGCGCGCCUUGCCGAUACAUCACAUCAACACAUCACUAGCGUCUGUGGUUCCGUUUCGUUCUGCCGAACUAAAUUCCUCUUUUUUGAAUUGUAUUUUCCGCUGAGAGUAGUCCACAAUCCUGCAAGAUGUCGAUGUUUUGGGGUUUGAACAUGAAGCCUGAGCGCAAGUACUCGCAGACCAUCAUCAAAUCAUUCCAUAUAUCGGGCGUGGCACUCGACAAGGGCCAGGAGGCGAAGUUAUACCUCGCUGCCGAGAAGCAGGAGUACAUUGUGGCCACCGUGACCAAGGCCAUUCCACAGGUGGCGCUAGACCUUAACUUCAGCAAGGGCGAUCGCAUUAUGUUCUACACCGCCGGCGACGCCAGCGUUUCUCUGCUGGGCUACUUGCACGACAUUGAUUCCGAAGAUGAGGAUGACGAUGAGUUCACGCUCAAGGAAUUGCUAAAAGCCAAGGGUGGCAAGAAAAGCAAAAAGUCUGAAGAUGAGGAUGAGGAUGAGAGCGGUGAGGAGGAGGAGGAAGAUUCUGAUGACGAUAGCCAGAUUGAAUACGACCCCUUCCUCGAAAAUGGUGAGGAGGAUGAUGACGACGACGAUGAGGAGGAUGAGGAUGAGAACGAGGAGAGUGGGGAGGAGGAGGAAGACAGCGACGACUCCGAUGAUGCAGAGGAACAGCCAAAGGCCAAGGUUGCCAAGCUCUCUCCGGGCGCCAGCGCCAAGAAAUCUGGCAAGGAGCAGAAUGGUGUGGUCAAGAAGGAGGAGGCCAAACAGCAGCCAAAGAAGAAGGAGAAGCCAGAGGCCAAGAAGGAGCAACCGAAGGCAAAGGAGCCAGCCAAGCAGCAAUCGGCUUCCAAGGAGCCGCGCACCAUCACCGGAGGCGUGAAGGUUGUGGAUCAGGUCGUCGGCAAGGGCGAGGAGGCCAAGUCGGGCAAACGCGUAUCCAUGUACUACAUCGGCCGGCUGCAGUCGAACAACAAGACCUUCGACAGCCUGCUGAAGGGAAAGCCAUUCAAGUUCACCCUGGGCGGCGGAGAGGUCAUCAAGGGCUGGGACGUGGGUGUCCCCGGUAUGAAGGUGGGCGGCAAGCGAGUGAUUACCUGCCCGCCGCACAUGGCAUACGGCGCACGCGGGGCUCCACCCAAGAUAGGCCCGAACUCCACUCUCGUUUUUGAAGUGGAACUGAAGGCUGUGCAUUAGUGCACUAUAUUAACUUCAUAUAGACUCGUAAUCAUAAGUAAGUAUCCGCGUCGUACAACUUGAUAAAAUGUUAAAUAAACUAUGUUUUCCGGCUGUUCAUAAAGAGUU